UAAACAUAGUUUUAUUUUCUCGUGUGUUUUCUUUAAAUUCAAUGUAGCUAGCCGAAAGUGAGAAAAACCUACAUUUUAAAAUAUGAAAUGCUUUGAUAACAAAAAAGGAACUAAAUGGAUAAGAAUUUAAACUAGACGGCCAUUUUCUCCUUCCAAUACAAGUUGGUUCAUUGGUCAAGUUGGUGCUCUAGACACAGAGAGGAUAUUUACUCUUACCAUCUUAAGGUUUGUCUCUCAAUAAAACAAACCAGGUUAAUAUAAGGCUGCAACCUGCAAGGAGAUAAACAUGUCAAUCUUAGGCUUUGACAGCAAUAAUUGUAGCAAUAUGAGCAGACAUUCUUUCCUUGAAUUAAAAAAGCAAGCCUCUUUCUUCAUCAAGGAGAAGAUUAAAACUGCUAGAUUGGUUCUUACAGAUGUUACCCCUGCCCAGUUGAUGGCAGAAGAAGCAACAAAUGCUAAUCCAUGGUCACCGGAUACUCGAAUCCUAGGUUUAAUAUCACGGGCUGCUUUCGAUGUCGAUGAUUAUUGGAGGAUUGUGGACAUUCUGCAUAACAAAUUAUCAAAUUUUGACAGAAAGAAUUGGAGGGAAUCUUACAAUGCUUUGAUAGUAUUAGAGCACUUGCUCACUCAUGGGCCAGAAAGUGUUGCAGAAGAGUUUCAAACAGAGAAAUUCAUCAUCAAUAACAUGGAAACUUUUCAGCAUGUUGAUGAAAAAGGAUUUAAUUGGGGCCUUGCUGUGAGGAAGAAAUCAGAGAGAGUGCUGAAGUUGCUCCAAAAGGGGGCUCUCCUAAAACAAGAAAGAGAGCAUGCUAGAAAGCUAACAAGAGAGAUCAAAGGGUUUGGUAGCUUUUCUGUAACAUCAACCUCUCCACUUGAAGACUCACUUACUACAUAUGGAAGAAGUCAUUCCCAGUUCAAUGAGCAUGGAAAUGAGACGAAUCCACCGGAGAAGUUUACGUACAAUCAGCCUCGAUUAUUCUUUCUGGAUGAUGAUGUUAAAGCUGAUAAACCCAGAACUGUAAAGAGGUUUUUGAAAGAAAAUAAGGCACCGAAAAAUGAUACAGGGAAUGGAGAUUUGGAUGUUUGGAACAAUAAUACAGGGGAGAAAAAUCUUCUCUUGGAUGAAACUAAUGGUGGGGUGUUAAUUGAAGAGGAAAAUCAUCCUUUUAACGGGACUGUGGAACAAAGCAGAGUGUCAUUGCUGUCUGCUGCGAAAGAGGAUUAAAAACAGAUGAAUCCGUUUUCUGUAUUUUAAUUACAGGUUUGCGCGCAUAAUCUCCAGGUUAUAUACUUGUAUAUGAUACAAAAAACAUGUUAGUAUGUUACUAUGCUAGACUGUCUAAAUUCCAAAAUGUUUAACCUUUGGUUAUCACUUAUCAAAGAUCAUGGAAUACUAGACACCAAAUAAUGUAAA